ACAGAUGCAGCCUAGCAUUUGGCCACAGUGGGGAUCAUUUGUGCGCUGUCACUGUCCAUUUAUGCCGUGAACCGUGUCGUUUUUCUACUUUGAAUGGCUGCAAAUCUGUGUGUCAGAAUGAAGUAAUUCACGAAGGUAACCACGAAUGCGCUCAGAAAAAACAUAAUUGCAAAGGAGUUUGCUCUCUCGGCAGUUGCGGCGGUAGAUGCGUGAUCGAUUGCGAAGAUAAACACACUGUGCACAAAUGCACUAAAGAACAAUGCAUAGAAAAGUGUUCUAUUCAAACGUGUACCAACAAAUGUUCGGCACUAGAUCAUUUCCAUGGGUUAGAGUUGUCCCAGUCAUUCAAACAGGAGAGAGGCAUUUCAGAUGAAGCGCCUUUUUUGUUGCCAGAUGGGAAAAAAAGGAAUUAUUCUAUGGAACACUUCUGUGGAAAAGAGCACCAAUGCGAUUUUGACUGUCAGCACGAUGGGUUUUGUCGAGUCUCAGCUGAGAAGCUACUAGAAAACGAAAAAUUUGAAGGCAAGCGAGACACGUUCAUGUACAGCGUCAUCUUUGCUGAGAAAGGCGAAAAACUCAAAUGCCGUCAACGUCUACAACCAUUUAAGAGGAAACAUGUCGGAUCUCACUCCUGCUCAACGGAAAUACAUGUUUGCCAGACAAUUUGCCCAACAUGCGAAAACAUUUGCAACAAGCCAGUCAACCAUGAGUUUGAAGAAGACUAUUUGCACGAUGCACGUCAUGGCAACAUGCGCAAAUGCUAUUUUGUGGCAAAUGAUGACGACAUUCAAGUGGGAUCUCGUAAAUACAGAGUCGGUGAGCCAGCAGUUGCAGAGAUAUGUCACAUAUUCUGUAAGACAAUGGGAAGAGGCCAUAUGCACAUUGUGGAAUGCGGAAAACAAUCGAAAGAGCAGUGCUUCGAUACAGAUGGCAGACAACAUCAGACUACUACUUACCAUCCGAACCCCACAAUUCCCAAGGACGAAAUGACGCACGAAGCAUACUGGCGAACAAUUGGAUUCAAGGAUCCGUGUCAAGAAAUAGACUCCGAAGACUUCGGAAAAUGUCCGGCUUUUUGCUCUUCCAUUUUACACGAAACCGAUGAAGAUAAGGUUUUCUGCGAACUAUCAAUGUGGCACAG